UUCGGCUCAAUCUCUGUCAGUGAGAGCUUUACACAUGAUGAAACAACAUGAGAAGGUCGUUCCAAAUUCUUCGAUCUCUGGAAAAGGGGGCAGACGUUGUUGUCAAGGAAGCAGAGAGUGUCGUCGAAAAAGUAAAAGAAAGUCGAUCAAAACGCAUAUUUAACUACCUGAAGAAUAUCUAUGAUGACUACAAAACAGUUGGCGUGGAGACACUUCAGGACAUGAAAAAACAUCCACUGAAGACUAGCGUGUAUUUGUCUCUCCUUGGCUCUACAAUGGUGCUCUUCAAAACUAAUCCUGGUGAAAUCGGAUUUCAUGCAAAGCUUACCCAAAGCCUGAUCGAUCUCAUGCUUGUUAGUGACCGUAUUCGUAAUCCAAAAAGUGAAGCUGCUAUUGACAGUCUUUGUAUUCUUCGAAAUUUUGAACAACUGCGUUGUUACAAUCUCGGUGUGUGUUCCCUGAUGUGUGUUCGUGAGAGUGGCGAUGAUGUUGGACUGUAUGCAGCGAACUGUAAAUAUGUAAGGCCCCACUGGAUGGAGUUCCAUAAAACUAUUAUAGAUGUUGGGAUUCUAGGACAUUGGAUUAAUCUUGAGAAAGCAAUGGUGGACUAUGACAUACAGCCUGAUGAAUGGUUGGGUGACGGUUUACCAAAUAAAGACUUCAAACAUUAUAACAGAGAUUCACCGGUGCGAUGGGAUAUGACGUUAAAUAAAUGAUGAUAAAUAAAUAAAUGAUGUGACCAGACUUCUGCUGUGUAUUAAUACACAUACCUGAUUUAAUAUAAAGUUAUUUUAUGAUUUCAUUAUAAAAGACAAUAAUUAUA